GACUUCCCCAGGCAGCAGCCGCCGGUGCGGCACCCGACACCGGUCUUAGCCAGCGCGUAGGGAACACGCGCUCCCUCCCGCCUCCCUCUCAGUCCCCCGCCCUUCGCUCACUCCGGCCCACUCCAGCGGCGACUUUGAGGGAUUCCCUCUCAGKCGCCCACUGCAGCAGCACAUCUGGCCUCUUCCGCAGCAACUGCAAGCAUGGAUCUCAGAGGAAGAGCCUUUCUCAGCGUCCAUAGACUUCGAAUUCUUCUGAUGCUGUUCCAUACAAUGGCUCAAAUCAUGGCAGAGCAAGAAGUGGAAAAUCUCUCAGGCCUUUCUACUAACCCUGAAAAAGACAUAUUUGUUGUGCGGGAAAAUGGGACGACGUGUCUCAUGGCAGAAUUUGCAGCCAAAUUUAUUGUACCUUAUGAUGUGUGGGCCAGCAAUUAUGUCGAUCUGAUCACAGAACAGGCUGACAUCGCGUUGACCCGGGGAGCUGAGGUGAAUGGCCGCUGUGGCAGCAAUGAGUCGGAGCUGCAGGUGUUCUGGGUGGACCGUGCAUAUGCUCUCAAAAUGCUGUUUUUAAAGGAAAGCCACAACACGUCCAAGGGAUCAGAAGCGACGUGGAGGCUGAGCAAGGUGCAAUUUGUCUACGACUCCACGGAGAAGACCCACUUUAAAGACGCAGUCAGYGCUGGGAAGCACACAGCCAAUUCGCAUCACCUCUCUGCCUUGGUCACCCCAGCUGGGAAGUCCUACGAGUGUCAAGCUCAGCAGACCAUUUCUCUUGCCUCCAGCGAUCCACAGAAAACUGUUACCAUGAUCCUAUCAGCUGUCCAUAUCCAGCCCUUUGACAUCAUCUCAGAUUUUGUCUUCAGUGAAGAACAUAAAUGUCCAGUGGAUGAACGAGAGCAGUUGGAAGAAACCUUGCCCCUGAUUUUGGGGCUUAUCUUGGGCCUUGUCAUAGUGGUAACGCUCGUGAUUUACCACCUCCACCACAAAAUGACUGCCAAUCAGGUGCAGAUCCCCAGGGAUAGAUCUGAGUACAAGCACAUGGGUUAGGGGUCAUUAGGCAGGCAGCCCCCAAGUCCUAUCCCCCAACUGGAUCAGGUAGAAAAAGAAAAACACUUUCCACCUUGCUCAUGGGAUACACCAACAUAGCUACAAUCCAACAGGCCUGGGUAUUCGAGGCUUGCUUGGCCUGUGUCCAUGCUUAAAUCCAGAGAUGGGGGAGUUCUUUGGAUUCAUGGGCUAAAUUGCAAUUUUUUUCUCCAUGCUGGGGAGCCAAACAGAAGGGGGUCAGCCAGCUUUUAUACUUAUGAUGACUUGCUUUUGACUCUCCAAGAAGCAAGCAACACCACUUGGAGAGCUUUCUGGCCCUGAAGUUUAGGGAUUGAAAACAAGCUUCCUUUGGGAGGAAAGGUUCAGGGAAGAGGGGGUGCUUUGCUCCCUUGGCUUACUACACAGUUUAAAUGCACACAAAAUACAAACUCAUGCUCCCUGCAGCAAGACCCCUGAAAGUGAUCCAUGCUUCUGGCUGGCAUUCUGCAUGUCUAGUGAUUGUCUUGGGAAUGUUUCACUGCUACCUGCACCCAGUGACUCUGCAGCACAAGAAACUGUUAAUGUAACUAUGCAGUUAUUUGGAAUAUAUAAUGUGUCAGGUCCAAGUAAGGUGACCUGAAGAAUCAAUCCAUGUGAGUUUGUUUUUGAAAAUGAAUUAAAACACACUACUCUCUGG